AUGGAAACGGAAGAGCAAAAGCGCGCCGAGGGACGGCAGCCAAAACCUGCUCAGGCGCCCCCGAGAACUUUCCGAGAGAGAGUCUUUCACGCCCUGCCAUCGUACUCGGGGCCGUACAGCGUAGGCACUAUGGAGAUCGAACUGCCAGUCAGGGAACCACGGACUUUUUCACAGAUUGAAAGGGAUAACGUGUAUGCUCUGGGAAUGGAUACGGUUUUAUUUGCACUCUACUAUCCCUGCGAUACCAGCUCUUUCGCCAAGGCUGGGAACCAACCCUCCAGAGCAACGUGGCUCCCAAGACCACGAGUUCCAACGUGUCGAGGAUACGCCAAGUUUCUAAACAUACCCCACAUGCCCGUUACAGCUUAUAUUGCAGCUACGACCAUGUUCACCAAGAUACCAGCAUUCCGCAACGCCAAGCUGGCGGGCUGCCGGCCUGGAGAGCAGUGUUGUCCCAAAAAUUGCCAUGACCAGCAGACAUCGGGUGCAGACGUGUGCGAUAAACCUCAAUUCCCCGUCAUCAUAUUCAGUCACGGCCUGGGUGGUUCUCGGACGUGUUACAGCUCUGUGUGCGGAGAACUUGCCAGCAACGGAUUCAUUGUAGUAGCCGUGGAACAUCGUGAUGGUAGUGGUGCGAGGUCGUAUGUCAACAUCCCGCCGAGCGGUAACCUGGCCGAUGGCAGAAUUCUUGACAAUACCAAGUCAAAAAGGUCAUAUGUCGUCGACUAUAUUUGGCCAAAAGAUAAUGCCCAGGACACCUCGCCACACAACCAGCGAGGCGUGGAUCAUCACCUCCGUGAUGCUCAAAUCGAGAUGAGGAUGGCUGAGAUGGCCGAGGCUCAUUACGCUCUUGAGCUCAUCAACAAUGGUCAGGGCGAGCUGAUUCUGAAGAAUAAUUUGCGCAAAAAAGGAAAUGUCGGAUCAAGCUCAAAGGGCUUGGAGAAUAUCAACUGGUCGGACUGGGUCGGACGACUACACUUGAACAAUGUUACUGUAAUGGGACAUUCUUUUGGAGGUGCCACCUCAGUGCAAAUCGCCCGGGAAGAACAAAGAUUCCCUUGGGUUGGCCAGUCCAUCAUCCUCGAUGCUUGGGGUCCCGCGAUUCCAAAGGUUGAAGGUGAUCAAAGUCACGUUCGCAAGCCACUUCUUGCCAUUGGUUCUGAAGCAUUCAUGCACUGGCCAGAAAACUUUGAUGCAGUACUCAAUAUUUGCAAAGAUACACAGGAAAGUGGUUCACCGUGUUGGAUGGCAACCGUCAAGGGAUCAACCCAUUUAUCGCAGACGGACUUUGCGGUCCUGUAUCCCAGAUGGAUGUCGUGGUUCGCAAAGAACGUCAUCAACCCUAGGCGGGCAAUCUUGCUAAGUGUCAACUCCUCGUUGGAAUUCCUUCGGCACGUCUUGCCAGAGGAGCACAAAUUUGGCAAUUCUUGGGCAGACGAGGGCAUACUCGAGACCAAGUCGCUAUCCCCGACCGACUCAUUGCCGAGCACCCACAAGCCCAACGAAAAGUGGAUAGCGGCUCGCCUUCGGAUACCGAAUGAAUUUCGGCUCCGACUGAUGAGCUGGUUCCGAAGAACACCAAAGGAUAAAGUGCCAAAAGACGCUUCAGGCAAGCCACUCGCCGGCAUAAUCACACGUUGUCUAGGGGACGAGGUCUGGGUUCAUGUGAGCCCAGAAGAGGGAGAAAGAGGUCGUCCCGAUAUGCCAACCGCAUGGCAUCUUCGAAAUAGUCGAAGAAAUAGUACAUACUCAUCGCAGUGCAUUGUCGCUUGA